AUGCUCCCGGGGAAAAGCAUCCUUGUACACGGAAUACGUACUGCAGCUCCAUUGACCCGGCGACUGCUGCCCACCGCCUGUCCGAUCAUCGCCCUCACUCGCUGCUCGGCGCCUCGUCGCACAUCAGCAACGCUGGCUCCCCCCACUAAACAAGCCCCUCCCCCCUCCUCCUCUUCUCUCUCUUUUCCUCCCUCCUCUAUCCCCUCCCUCACAUCAUCCCAAUCACCGUCCUCUCGAAUUGAUCGUUCGAUUGUUUCUGUGACAAACCGAGCCGCUCUUGUUUCCAGACAUUUUGCUACUACCGCUACCCCUCCCACAUCCACAAUGUCCUACACCGUUCGCAAGGUCGGCCAGCCCUACACCCUGGAGCACCGGGUGUACAUCGAAAAGGAUGGCGUCCCCGUCUCUCCUUUCCACGACAUUCCCCUCUACGCCAACCCCGAGCAAACAAUUCUGAACAUGGUCGUUGAGAUCCCCCGCUGGACCAACGCCAAGCAGGAGAUCUCCAAGGAGGAGUUCCUCAACCCCAUCAAGCAGGACGUCAAGAAGGGCAAACUCCGUUUCGUCCGCAACUGCUUCCCCCACAAGGGUUACCUCUGGAACUACGGUGCCUUCCCCCAGACCUGGGAGGAUCCCAACACCGUUCACCCCGAGACCAAGGCCAAGGGUGACAAUGACCCGCUUGACGUUUGCGAGAUCGGUGAGCUCGUUGGCUACCCCGGUCAGAUCAAGCAGGUCAAGGUCCUCGGUGUGAUGGCUCUGCUCGAUGAGGAGGAGACCGACUGGAAGGUCAUUGUCAUCGACGUCAACGACCCUCUCGCUGCUAAGCUCCACGACAUUGAGGACGUCGAGCGCCACCUCCCUGGCCUCCUCCGCGCCACCAACGAGUGGUUCCGCAUCUACAAGAUCCCCGACGGAAAGCCCGAGAACCAGUUCGCCUUCUCCGGUGAGGCCAAGAACAAGAAGUACGCCGAGGAGGUCAUCCACGAGUGCGCCGAGGCCUGGCAGAAGCUUAUCAGCGGCAGCGCUCCCCGUGGCGAGAUCAGCCUUGCCAACUCUUCUCUCGACAGCCCUGACCGCGCUGACCCCUCUCAGCUCGGCUCCAUCCCCAGGGGCGAGAACCUUCCUCCUGCUCCUAUUGAUGGCAGCAUUGACAAGUGGUUCUUCAUUUCUGGAGCUGCUGUGUAA